AUGGGAAAAAGCUUUGAUAGUUUUGACUUCGGAGGACUGAAAGUUGAAGAAAGCUAUGAAGAAAAAAAGAUGAAAGAAAUUGAAGAAGAGCUUCGAAUCCCAAUCUCUGCUGAAGAGAAUAUUGAUAGAGUUAUUCACAAUAAACCCGGAGCUUUCUUUGUUGAUGGUCCUGGUGGGACUGGAAAGACAUUCUUAUACUCUACAUUGCUUGCAAAUUUAAGAGCACAAGGAAUAAUUGCUUUAGCUGUUGCUACAUCCGGAAUAGCAGCAUCAAAUAUUGCAGGUGGUAGAACAGCUAAUUCUCGAUUUAAAAUUCCGUUAGAUAUUGAUGAAAAUCAGAACCCCAAAUUUCAAAACAAAGUGCACUUGCAGAGUUAA